GCUGGUGCUGAGCAGUCAAAGGGAGACGGUGUGGGGGCUAGCUACAAACGAAUGGGACACCACGAGACAAGUAUCAGUGACCGCCUGCUCUCUCAGGCGCCGAGGACGCGAUUUAUGUGAAACUGGACGCAUUGCAAUGGCCGAAGUUUGCAGAGCCACAGAAAGCGUAUGGUGCCUUGGUAUUUAAAGACAGGUUCCCACCCCACAUGGAUCUCUGAGCAGACUUUACGGCCAUCCCCAGCCAAGGCAUCACCUGCACCCUCCUUGUUUGCCUGUGGCGCAAUAACGGUACAUCUUGCCCGCUGCCUUAUUUACGUCCACUUGUCCAGUCAGAAAUCACCGACAAUGACCCUCGUGCCCAGAUCCAGCUCGUCCUCGGCUCGGUACUCGGGCCGGAAGCGCCAGCGAAUGCGCGCAAAGCCCACAGCUCAACCCCCCUCCCCUUCCUUCUCAGAAAAGCCUUCCAAGGUCGACAAGUCGCAGGGUGCUGAUGCAUCCGAAGCGGAAGACGAGGAGUUGGAUGUGGUCUGGCAAGCAGUCAGGCGGGAGUGCGGUUCGACCGAGUCCAUCAUCCUCGCGGUGGUCACUUCGGAGAAGACGAAGCCCGUGUCUCAAAUGAUCAGGCAGAAGCAAGCGAACGGAGAGAUUAAGGCCAAAGUUGUCGUCACCACUCCUGAAAGCCUCCAGAAUGUCAUCACCUCGACCCUCACCAAGUCCUACAACAAGCUAUUCCUACUCGCCGCGCCCGCCGUCGACACCAUCACAUACAAGGUCUCGAGCGUGGUCUCGAGCGUCCACGUGGCGCCCUGCCAGCCCACGACGCGCGGGGACGUGCUCCGCAUCGGGUCCCGCUCCACGUACUGCGGGGAGAGGGCCUACGCCUGGCACAUGCGGAGCGAGAAGCUGAGCCGCUACAAGAUCGAACACGCCGAGGGCUGCUUCUUCGAACUCAGCGACGACCUCGACGAGGCCGUGAGGUUGGUCGACAUGCCGGGCUCGGCGCCCGACCUGACCGACGCGGAGCUGGCCGACAUCAAGAGCAUGCUUGUGGAGUUGCACCACAACAACGACAACGCGGCAUCGCCGACGGCCGCGGACACACCGGUGAGCACGCCUCCUUCGUCUACCCCGACCCCAGGCCGGAGAUGGUGGGACGAGUGGAAGCGCGUGGUCGUGGCCUGCGUGUGCGGCGCGGCGGGCGCGGUGAGCGCGGCGGGCGCCUUUAUCUGGUUCAGCGCCGGGGGCGUCUUCCUCAAGGGCCCCAUGGGCUUCGAGGUCGCGGUCCGGUGGCUGAGCAUGGGCGGCGCCGUCGGAGGUUGUGCGGUUGCGGCCGGGGUCGGCCUGGCGGCGGGCGGCAUGGUGUACUUUGUCCCCUGGGAGAAGGUCUUGGCUGGUCUCAAGCGGCUGCUGCGUCGCGUCUGGGAGACCAUCAAGGGAGCGGUGAGCUGGGUGCGCCGGAAGAUCGAGGAGAUGAUGUGCGCCGCCCGGUCCGCCGCUGUGCGUGUUGUUCCUUCCGCACGCACGAGAAGGAUGAAGACUGGCUAAAGACGCCGUGAAGAACUAGGGCAGCGGUGACUUUGAGCUUUACUUACUGGCUAGGUGUUUCUAUCUUGCUUUUACGAAUUUCGUCUGCCCCAUUGUAAUGAUGAUGAAGAUAUAACAGAAAUGAGUGGUGUCACGCGUCGCGUUGGACCGCCGAAACUCAAUGGCACCUCUCUCUAAAAUUACAGAAUAUCGUAGGCUAAUACGCAUAGUGUCCAAGAGCGCCGGCGGGGAAUAGUAAAAUACGAUACCCUUAGUUAUACUAAACUACCUAAUCUAUCUACUGAGUAAAAGGACGAGACAAGCACUACAUAAAGUGUGAAAAGGCAAGAAAACGAUAAAGCAAUGCGAAAGCCACCUAUUCUGCUGACGGCGCAGUAAUGACGCCAAACUGCCCACCAGGCUGCA